AUGCUGAAUUCCCGCGAGAAAUACAGUCUUGCCGAGGAGUCCUCUGGGAAACGUAGUCAGAGACGUAUCAAGGCCGGGCAAGAUGGCUCCCGAUUGUCAGAAUUGCUGUCCGCGCCUAGCGUCAGCCCAGGCGAAAGGAUCGCCCCCCUCAUCAAACCGCUCACGCCCCAGAGGCCUCACGGAGCCCCGGCUCAGGCUCGGGCCUUGGCCCCCAAAGAAAGCCACUCCGACGUGUUUGAGAUGGGCUUAGUUCCCGGACCCGUCCUACUGCCCCCAGGCGCUGGACAGCCUCAGAAGGAGGACAAGUCUGCAUGGAAAGAUGAUCGCACAGCUGAGCCUUCUGGGAGAUGUAGUUCGGAGCUGGGAAGGCGGUUGGACCCUCCGAAAGUCAUCUUAAUUGCUCUCACAGAUAAGCCGGCGCUGCGCCGCAGGCCUGAGUGCUCUGCGCCCAGAGUGCGCAGGCGCAAACAUCCCGGGUUGCAGUUUUGGCCUUUUAGUGCUCCUUAGUGCAGAGGGGUUAUGGGACCAGAGGUUGUGAGACUCAAAACUGAUGGGGGAGGCAGAAGGGGUGUAGACCAGGAACCUGCGAAGUGAUGGGGGAGGUCGAAGGAAAGGAAUCGCCAAACGUGGGACAGGUUUGGAGAGGCAGAAAGAGAGGAGUGUGAAAUUGCAAAGGGCAGGUGUUAAUCUGACUUCUGCGUGCUUUGUGAUAAAUGAGUGCAACAGAAAGUAAGAGGAGUUUCACUUUCUACUUCUGCAAU